CUAGUUUUCACCACGCCUACAUAUCCCAACAUGCAUCGGGGCUGGGCUGUUUGCUCCUGUUGUGCUUGUACAUUGCGUUUCCUAGAAAAGCUCAGUUAAAAUUGUUAAUUGUUUACAAUAACUAGUUAGAAAACAUGACCGAAGCAUCCACUUAGAUGAGAAACAUGAGAAAUGCCUGAUGAUAAAUUACGAGCGCGGAAAGCAUCGAGGUCUUGCGACUUUUUCGGAUUAAGUAAUGGCCCACCGUGACGUGACAACAUGUUUGGUAACAAGCAUGUUGUGAAAGCCUUUUGGUGAGAGUAGACGAUCUCGACAAACUCCGCAGGUUAUGUGACUGCAGUUCGAGUCUGUUUAAAGUAUAGACAAGUUUAUCAACGGCGUGGUCUAUUUCCUGGUUUGGAACUCUUCUUUUGUUCCAACAAAAUGCCCGAGGGACCAGAGCUCCACCUGGCCAGCCUUUACGUCAACAAAAUGUGCGCAGGAGUGGUGUUUACUGGACCGGUCAGAAAAUCUGAAGUCAGCAAGAAUCCUGAUGUGCCCUUCACCUGUGAGGCCUACUGCAUCACUGCUGCUUCUAGAGGGAAGGAAGUGAAGCUCACGCUGACGCCCAUGAAGAGUGAUGAUCCAAAAGAGAGAAUGAAGGUGGGACAAGCAGACCAGCCCAUGGACGUAGUCAUUCGCUUUGGGAUGUCUGGCUAUUUCCGUUUCACCACAGAGGAUGAGCUGCCCAAACAUGCCCAUCUGCGUUUCUAUUCCAAAGAGACGCCCUGCAGAGUGCUGAGCUUUGUGGAUGCACGUAGGUUUGGCAGCUGGCAGCCCAAUGGGACGUGGCAGUCUGACCGAGGGCCCUGCGUAAUGUUUGAGUACGAAAGCUUCAGGGAGAAGGUUGUGUCACACCUGUCUGACCGUGCCUUUGACAAGCCUAUCUGUGAAGUUCUGCUCAAUCAGAAGUACUUCAACGGUAUCGGGAACUACCUGAGGGCUGAAAUCCUAUUCAGGUUGAACAUCCCACCCUUUGUUUCCGCCAGGACCGUACUGGAAGGCCUUGAGUCAGAAGAUUUAUGUGAAAACAAGAAGCCUUUGAAAAAUGACACCACAGACACAAAGACCUCAGACUGUGCUAAACAGAAAUGGGUGAAAGGGGAGACGGGUGACCUGCUCAGACUGUGUCAUACAGUUCCUCUAGAGGUGGUGAACUUAGGUGGAAAGGGCUACAACCCUCAGAAAACAGACUACUCUGACUUUAAGGCAUGGCUGCAGUGUUACUACGUGGAUGGAAUGAAAUCUAUCGGGGACCAUAAUGGCAGAACUAUGUGGUUUAAAGGAGAUCCCGGCCCCAUGGCUCCUAAAGAUUCAAAGUCAUCCAAGGCAAAAAAGAGAGCAAAGAAAGAAGAUGGCCAUGAUUACACUAACAAGAAAAAGGUGGUCAGGAAACGCUCAGAAAGUACAUCAAAGAAGAAGGUGGUCAAACAGGAGACUGUGACUAAAACCCCAAAGAAAGAAAAGAAAGCACGUCCGAAGGAAGCCGGAACCAAGAGAAGAGAGGCUGAAAAGUCCCGAGAAGUAACUGCACCUCAACAUGAAAAGGGAUCAACUGCACGUAGGAGGAAGAGCAGCAGUGCAGAGCCAGCUGCAGGUCCACAGAGGCGGAGCGGGAGAGUGACCAGACAGAACAGUAAAUAAAAAGAAAAGGGAGGCAGACUGUUUGGUACUGUUUUUAUACUAUUUCAUGUUUUAAUAAAACAUAUGUUUCUACAAAAUUGACGCACAGUAAUGCACAUUGUUUUUGACUAGCUCAAAAAAAUUAGCUAAUUAA